AUGGAAUGCGGGUUUGCAAAGUCCGCAUUAGGUAUUUUUGACCAUGUGGUUAAGUUUCAAGAUUUCUCGGCUUAUUCGGCCUUUCUCUUAGUUAGUGAGAACGGAGCUCGUUUUCAACGUGAAUUCCCCAACUCGGGUUUAGUCAAUUCAGUAAACUUGUUGGGUUUGGGCCUUAACUGUUUUACUUUGUAUUUAAUGGGCUUUUUGUCUUUAAUGCGACGGUUGCCAUUUUCCUUCCCAUUCCUCGAGACACAGGAAAAAACUUCACGCCUUUGA